AUGGAAGACAAUUCGUCGCGUGGAUUUCAAUCCUCGCCCGGAAUUGAGUAAGUCCCCACCAUUCCAUCUUCCAAAAACCCUCGCUGUCAGUUUCGUUUCGCAAAUUCAACAUUUUUUUAGCGCUCGUGUUUCCUGCUCAAAAUUCCAUUACUCACGUACCUCUCUUUUUUGACUGAUAUACUUUCAAAAGGUGGACUUUCAAAUUAACUUUGGCCGUUUUUUUUUUUAGAAAAAACUGAACUUUUCGAAAAAUUUCUAUCAUUGAAUGUGGAAAGUUAUUUUUCUGUAGGCUUUCAUCCCUUGUUGAUCAAAAAAAAAUAACAAAAAAAACAACGACCGGACCCGGCACAUACAAAAAUUUUUCGAAAACUUUCUCGGAAGCUUUGCUCAUUCCGGGUGUUGGAGAAACACUGGCGCAGGAAUUUUGGGUACUGAGUUUUCUCAAAACAGAGCCGUCGCAAAUGUCUUAAUCGGGUCAGGCACGUGCAAGAAAUCCAGAGAGUCCAUUCCCUUUCGCUGCUUCUUGCAAACGAUCUUCUUUCAACGGCGGUGGCGCCUAAAUUAUUGCAUCCUAAGAAAUUUUCCAAUCAUCCAUGCUAUUUUUUUUUAUAUACAACGGGUGAUGCGAUAUCAUUGGAAAAGCGAGAGAAAACUUUCUCAACUUUGGUUUCGUCACAGAAACUUUUCCUCAAACGCUUUCGCGCCUGCACAUCUGAAAUGUCGGGGUUAUUCUGGAUAUUUUUGAGAAAAUUUGAGAAACACAGACGAAAAUUGAGUGCACGAAAGAUUGCGGAAUGGGACAAGCGUACUCUCUAAUCGAGCUCCACUUUGGCAGGCGCCCUGCCAGAAGUCUUCUCAACCGUGGCGUCGUGAAAGCCCUCCAAAUGGAGCCCUAAUCCGUCUUUACAGUGAUAUCUUUUCCUUGAAAGCUUCUUUUUUGAUCCUGUUCCUUUUGGUAGCCGACCAAGUGACCCAUGUGUUGUUUUUGCGGCUUCAAAUUAAUUUGUACUUGGGCAUCCUCGUCGUUUUCGAGAUUUGUGAGGAGAACUUCCUUUCAACUUCAAGUGUAGUUCUACUUUGGCUUCUAUUUUCAGUGGUUUGAACUUUUCUAAAUAUCAAAGUUAAUGACCUUUUAAAGUAUAUUCGUCACUGAUAGUAGUUUGUAGUCCUACGUUUCCUUGAUUUUUUUAUUUUUAUAGCAAAAACUUCAAAAAAAGCAAACAUGAAAGAAAAAGGUUGUAUGAACUUAUGCUGAGAAAUUUUUUGCUUUUGGAGAUUGGAUUAAUGUAAACAAGGAUCGUGCGGCACGUCGAGAAUUCGACGUCGUCGCGCCGCUUUUCGCCUCUUGUUUCUUUUCGCCACAACCUCUUUUUUUCACUUGCUUCUAUUGAGUUCACUCGCUCUGAGUUUUCUGCCGCCACAAUUCAAGGCGUUUCCUUCUGGAAGUUCAAAUUGGUAGUUACUCAUGUGCUCCUAUGCAGACAUUUUUUUUAAAGAAUAAUGGCACCUUUACUUGAAAGUUUCUCAUCAAAAUGAGCCUAUAAAGACAUCGAACUGAAAUUUCAAAAGUUAAACGAAACGCUGAUCUGAGGAAUUUUUUCUCACUUUGAAGUUUAAAUCUUUUGGAAAAUUAGGUGAAAUACGUUUUUUCUGUGUUGGAAUUAUAAGUUUCCAAAAAAAGCGUUAAGCACAGGUCUGCAAUUAUUGCUAUGAACUUGAUGAAUUCGAUUUAUUCCUUGUCCCGGAAAAAUGCAACUUGUGGAGAUUAUAUAUAUUGUAAUGUACUUGAGCACAAUUGCUUCAUCCUCAAAGAAAAAAAAAAGAUUUUCUUCGUAGAAAAAGGUUACUUUGAGAAAAUGAAAUCUCUUUCGAAGCUCCCACUUUCAAAAGAGCUAUGUUUUCAUUGGUUUGAAACAUCGAUCUCCUUCCUACAGUUCACAUAACAAUUAAUACACUUCCCGCAUUUCUUUACACAAGAGAGCUGAGAAAAUGUCUGCCCCGAGAUUUUCAUCGUAUCCGAAUUGCUCCGAAAUUGAGACGCGAGCGUGUAAAGGACACAUAGGCGCACUGGAUUCGAGCUUGAAUUUUUCUCUCUUUUCAACCAAACAUUUUUCUUUUGUUCUUCUUUGUUUUUGCUCUUGCCGACCACUGUAGUGAGUUGUGUCCAAUCGAGAAAAUGCAGAAAACUCGGACGUUGCACAUCUUUUGAUGCGUGUUUGAGUAUUCCGUGGCUGCGCCUCACACACUCGGCAUAUUAAAAUCAAAUGCCCGCCAUUCAUAAAUUGUUCGUUCUCUUUUUUUUCGAAUUGGCGAUGAAUGAAAAUUUCUUCCAAGGUUGAGAAACUCCAUAUUUAAUUUUGUUUUUUUCCUUAAUUGAAGCCUUGAGAGAUUAACUUUUCAAAGUUAUAGGCGAUUGCAAAAAGGGCUUUUUCGGAAAUUCUCGGAAAAUCAUGCCAUGAUGCUCGAUACUCGCGAGAUAUUCAUACAUUCCAAAGCUUUGUAUUAUAUUGUAGCGUGCCGAAACUUUUUUCUUGAUCCUUCAUGAAAUCUGAGUAUUCGAUUCGACAGUAAUUAUUAGAAAAGUUCCUGUAGACGUUCAAAGAGCUCAAGAAAAUCUUUAUAAAGUUCCAGAGUUUUAAUUGAAUUGAUCUCUUAGAAACUGACUAUGCAUGCGCAUGAUAAUAAGAGAUUUUUUUCUUGAAGAAGAGAGGUUCCGUUUUUGAUGAAGUGGAAUUUUUAGAUCUUUGUCCAAUUAUUUUUUUUUUGAACAACUGUCAUUUUGUGUUGUUAACGAUUACUCAAACGUAGGAAGCAAAGGAACAAAAUAAGUUUGGCAGAGUUGUUUUGCUUUUUACAAGCCGUGGACAGGGAGAGGAAAACAAGCCGGAAAGCUAGAAGAAGUAGAAAAAGAAAGUGCCGGGGGCUUCUACACCUAAUUUUGUUCAUUAUUGCUUCGUUUAAUGACCAACUCGUGAUGAGUUGCAAGUGUCCGUCUGAGGGUGGCAGCUAGUAUGAAAAAAAAACGCAACAGAGCACGCAGAGAAUAUUGGCCUUUCGUGCAACUUGUUGACGAUUUUUCAACAGUUGAGUACAUCCUUAGUUUCUUAUUACCUCUUUAUUGAAACUCGCUCCGAUGGAUGUUUCGUAGGCUUUUUUCUUUGAGAAAUGGAAGACCCCGAAGUUCGGUUCUUUUUUUCUCAUCGAAUUUAUUCACCUCUGGCUUAAUAAAAAUUUUUUUCAUGAAAAUAUUUUUAGCAAUAAACUAAGAGGUAUAGACGUUUUUGGUAUUUGUAUCCAAGCUGCUAGUAAAUGAACUUCGAUCUUUAUUUCUCCAAAUCAAGGUGAAAUCAUAAUUUUUCUAUUUUUUUAUAAUUUCCAUUCACCUUGAUUGAUUCAAAAAUAAAAAAAUUCAUGGCCAACUUAGUAAGAGGCUCAAAUGUCUGCAUCAUUAUUUUUCUUGUUUUUCAUGCGGAAAAGCGCAAACUGAGUUUUUUUCCAAGCUUUUUUUGGCAGAUAUAAAAACAAAAAAAUUUAAAUUUAUCUUCUUUUUUUGGUGAGCUUUUCGAAAAAAAAAUGUUCGAGAAGUUUUUUUUGGUUUUGAUAAUAACCAUUAUUUGGCUGUCCGCACUCGGAUAAAAAUACAGCGUGAUUCAGCAAGUGUAAGUGAAAAUAAUUGCCUUUGUUACUUUGAAGAUUCUGUUUUUGUUUGCAAGAACACUUUGGACUUGACACUAGUACAUGUAGAGCGAUGGAAAUGAAAACCUAUGAUUUUAAACUCGGAAUCAUGGAAUAAAAGAAGAUAUAUCAUUUUCUCAGUGUUGUGCACGUUUGAAACCGUGAAGUGUUCGAUGUCAAACCAUUAUUCACGUCUUUCCCAUUUCAUUCGUUGCAUCACCGGCAUUUUAUCAUCCGAAAAGAAAAAUCUGAACGUUUCGCUCUUUUUGCUGCCGUUAGUUGGUUCCCGGUGGGAGGAUGUCUUAAAUCACCCGUUCACAUGUGACCAUAGGCUGUGCAACGCCUUGCGCAAGAUUUUUUCGACUUUUAUCCUCGAAUCGGGAGCAUUCGUACUGCCUUUAAACUCUUCAUUCAUUCUCAGAAAAGCCCAAGCGUUUUUUUCAAUUAGUUUAUGUUUGAUCUUGUAAGUGACGUGAACGCUCUUGCCAUUACACUGCUCGACGCAAUUUUCUGUGCAGAAAUUAGCGGCGUUUUAUUAUUAUUUCAGAAGCUUUGCUGGCAAAGUUUGACUGGAAAAUCAGAUUUUCCAUGUAGAAGGUUUCAACUUCAAGCAAUAGAUUUUUUACGAUCCAAUUACACCAAUUGCUGAGUGUGGCAAAACAGCUGUUACAAUGUUAAUCGAGCACAUUUAACCGAAUUUUCUCGUACUUUUCCACAGGUGCUUUUUUUCCUCUCACUUCGAGUUUUUUUCAUUCUCAUGUAAAUGGCCAUUUUUUUUGGAAUAUGUAAAACACUUUGAGUAUUUCAUCGUAGUUUUUAGUAUUUGAUUUUUUGUAAAGAAAUUUCGUGAAAAGAAAAUGAUUUUCAAUUUUUGAAGCUUUCAAAUUUCGCUUCGGGUUCCAAAAAAAAUUCAGUUGCAAGAUGAACCUUCUAAAAGUGUUCAAAAAAAUUUUUAGAAAAAUUACCAAGCAGAAUGAAACUGGUAAAUCUCCUUCUAGAAUAAGAUUUUUUUGAACAUAGCCAGACAAUUUCAAAAGUUCAGAAGGCAGCUGUUUGUAUUGUGUGCACCCUAACUCUUCGUUUCACUAGUUGAUACUUUUUUCAUAGUUAAAUUUUGAAUUUUUACUUAGCUACUCUGUUCACGCUGGCACGUGUAGUUCAUUAAGCGCGGUUCGCGGCAGAUUUGUCCAGUCCGUCCGCUCGUCUUAGUUUUCUUUUUCAUCCUUAUUUUCCGCUUGCUUGCUUUGCGUGGGAGUCAGUGCCGCCAGGAAAGAGUAUAUCCGAAACCAGAAAGGAUCUCUAAGCUUCAGAACCAAUAUUCUUUCGUCUUUUCAUUUUCUACUGUUGCAAGGUGCUCAUUGUUCAGUUGUGUUCAGAAAUUCUCGUUUCUGUGCUUUUCCAGAAAAGUUUCGAUGAAUUUCGCUCUAUUUCUACCGCAUACUUGUGCCACUCUUCGAAAGCCGUUUCUCGAUAGAAAAAAUUUCCAUCAUCUCUAUAAGCAUGUUUCAAGAAAUUUUGCGACUCAAGAACAAAACGGCUUGUAUAUGGCUAGACAUAUGGAAAAAAACUUAAGACCCCAUCUUUUACUUUAUUAAAUUCUCAAAAGCCUUUUCGUCUAGUUAACUUCGUUAGAAUUCUUUUUUUUUCCGGAUUGGUGGCAAAUGGAGUUUUGGUAAUGAGAUUCAAAAAGAGACGUUCAAAAAUCGUCUUCCUGAACAAAACUUAAAUUUUUAACGAGGAAAAACCUUUUUGGCUUUCGAGAGUCGUGUUCCGCACUUUUUGCAAAUUUGAAACACUACCUGUUACUGACAGAUUCUUCACAUCAAACUCUCAAUUUUGAGGAAGUUGAAAAUAAAAAUAAAAGCGUGACAGAGACACUUUUGCAGCCUUCUAACCCGAAGCGGCUCAUUCAGCAGUUGGAACGACCGCCAAAAAGAGAACAUCUUUUGAGGGCUCUCAUAUUCUCAUCUCUUGCAAUUCGGCUGGCUUUUUUUUCAGAACGGCAUAUAUCAGUCCACCAAUUUUCCAAUUUCGCCACGCACAGGGCUUGUUGUCUCUCUUAAAUUCUUUGUUUGAACGGCGAAAAAAAGUUGUGAAAAUGGCUCUAUUUCGAAGCGGGGAACUUAUUCGAGAAGUUCUGAUAGAGUUAAAAGUUUGAAACGAUUUGUUUUUUGCUUUCUUACGUUUGUUAUAUACUUUUUGGAAGAGAAAGAAGAUGUUUCAGUGAAUGUCAUCCGAUGCCUUGUGUUCCAACUCCUGAGCAACGGUCUCCCAAUGCGUCUUUCAACCCAUCGCAUGCACAGUACGCCUGCUGCUUCCAGCAACUGCAUUCUAACGUUUGUUGCCUUUUCUCAUCUUUUCAUUUGAAACACAUACUUUGAAAAGCGCUGUUCAAACAUAUUUAUCGAAAAGCCCGGAAAGCAGAUGUUCGCUGAAUGUCGACUUGAAUAUUUCCUUCUGAUUCUUCUUUGAAGCCUUCAAAACAUCUGCACCGGUAAACGUGCUGUUCGUCCUUCAGAAGCUCGUUCAAAUGUCGAAUGUAGCGAAUAGCUAACCUUAGAGUAUCCACUUUUGAAAUCCUUUUUCUCACUGCAAAAAAAUAAUAUACAAAACUUAACUUUUUUUGCAAAACCUGUCAGCAAUCGGUAAGUGGUUCCGCAAACUAUCGUAACCUUCAUUCACACAUCGAACUCGACAUCUUUCCCGCUCGUUUCUUUUUCCAAACCGAAGUACUACAAAAAAAUUAAAAAAAUAUAUUUUUAAGAAAAACGCGUGAUGGAAAUUACCUGUAUGGUCCAUACUGAUCAUCAAGUUGAAAUGGCAAAGGUACCGAAGCUUCAGGGUCAAAUGGGUCGAUUAUCUUCUUUUUUGAUUGUCUUUGCAAUUCGAAAAGGUUUUGGCAGCUUUCCCUCUGCUCUUCCGUUGAUUCUGUAAUGCUUUUGUGUUUGAAACUCUAGAAUGACUAGACUUGGAAGACAUUAACUUUAUUACAACUGGGUAUCGGACAGACGUCAAUUUUCAUCUCCUUUUAGAUGAUGAUUUAUGGAAAUAGAGCGCAUAAAUACUGCUAGAAACUUUGAACUUAAAAUGAUUUACCGGGAAGAGCAAACGAGUUGGAAUUCUUAGCCUUGAAGAUAAAGGCUUUUUAAGAUUAUUGCACUAUAAGGAUUCUCAUGAAUAGUGUCUGGAACUCUCAAAUAAUAUUCUUGAAUAAUAAUUUCUAUGAAGACUGAGAUUGCCAAAAGCGUGAUCCAGAUCAAAAACUUUCAGAAUAUGAACUCACGAAUGAGGUAGCAUGUUGUAGGAAUAGUAAUUUGCAAGGAGUUAGGCACGGUAGUUGUGUAGAACCCGUCGAGUUUUGCGGAUUCGGACAACAUGGAAAAGGAAUAAGAGGAAAAGCAGCCGUUUCCAAUGAAGCGUCGACACUCGUCUGAUUUGGCUGACUGUGCGAUUCAUAUUUUUUGGGGGCUCAUCGUUUACCAGAGUCACCUGCUGGGCAAACAGACCACGAGCUUUGCGGCAGCCGCAGCCGCAUGGAUCCGUUGCGGAUUGUUUGCGUCCGGCAGUGACAAUAACAGUACCGUUGCGCUGGCGGUCAAUCGCUCUUCAACAUUUUAUUUACAAAUAAUUGGCAAGAGUUUGUUUUUUGAUUACCAUAAUUUCGAGCCACCGUAUAGGAAGGGUUUAGAAAAAAGUUUUUUUUUUGGAUGAUUCAGAUUUUCUUUAUACGAAAAGAAAACUAUCAAAAUAAGAAUAUAAUCAUCCCAGAAUGCAAUUCAAGCACAAUUUUUUGCAUCCGACUUUUUUGAGAAAGACUGGAUUCAAACUAACAGGACUUUUGAAUCUCACAUUCAAUCUAAAAAAAAUGCCAACAGAUGUCUGUAAAAAAGUCUUUUCCUCUCAAAACCUCAUUGUUUUUCGAAUCGAAAUCAAGAUUAUUUUGACAAUAUGAAUAAAGGCUCAACCUAUGCCAUCGGCCCUUGGAAAGCCGGCACCGUACUUCUUCCUACGACCUCUCUUGUACCUGAUGUUCUACGAGUGAAAUUCACAAUUUUUCUGCCUAAGCCACAGCUCCUGCCGCCGUUUAAACACAGUUAAACCAAUGAAAGUCGAUUGCACAUUUCACUGUUCAUUACAUUGAAGAUGCAAUAAACAGUGAAGCAGUAAAACAGAAUAGAGGCCAAGGACGCGUAAAUACAUUUUUCUUAACUAACUAAAAAAAAAAGAUUUUUAGGUGAAUAACUAAUUCAAAGAAGGUUCCAGACUGGAGCGAUAAUCAUCGCGGGAUUCCACAUCCUGCUAUGCGGAAGCAUCUUCCCGUGGCUCAUCCGGAGCCUCUCCACAGACAAAUCUCGCGUGGAGACGGUCGCCGAGUUGAUGCUCACUUCGCUGUGUCUCAUCGCUUCGAUCGUGCUCAUAGUCGGACUUCGGCUCGAGAGUCGUCGUCUCCUCACCGGGUAUAUCCUAGCUCAAGUGAGUUUUCUUUUUCAUUUUUCCUCUCCUAACACUCUAUUUCUAAAAAUUUUGUUUUUACAAGUCAUUUUGGUUAUUCAAAUUUAAACUUGACCAUUUUAAAGAACUUGACUGAAAUCUAAUUGACGCGAAUUUUUGCUUUACAGUAGAAGAUACAAACAAACGGGGUUUAGGUACCAACUUCCUUGUAAAGUAUUUAAUAUUUCUGAAACUUUCUGGAGUUUUGAUUACUGUUAUAGUUAACACUCUGAUGAAGUUUGAGUUAACAAAAAAAAACGCAGCUUCCGAAACUUUCAAAAAGCUUGCAAUUCUUUUAAGAAAAUUGUGACCGAAAUCGUUUUUAUUUUUGUUUCUUUUCUGACGUUACUUGAUUGAAAAUUGAUUCAAAAAAAUGCAGUUGAAAAACGUUUUUAAUGGUUUUUCCAGAAGUUUGUUCAACGUGUAUGUUUUAUGAGAAAAUGAAAUUGAUUUUUUUAUUCAGUUAUAUAUAUUCUUUUUUUGAAACGAAAAAAACUUUUCUUCAUAAAGAAACAGUCAGUUUUCAGGUUGUCGUAAUUGCUUUGCUGUUCAUAUUGUUUCUGGCUCUAAUAAUGGGCAUCAAGCCUGGAAUCCUUGACGAUCCGGACCAGAAUGGCUAUAACUCAUUAGGUACUUUCCCCUUCAAUUUUUUGAUAUUAAUAAUAUCGAGGUUAUUGCAGAAGAAGAAAUGUUGAUAGUAGUGGAGAUUUUCACGUCGUUGGCAGUGGUUUCAUUGGAAGUUUGGUUUUUGACAGUCGUGCUCAAGUCUUUCCGUUUCGUCACGGACAAGUAUCACUACACUGGCGUCGAUAGAGAAGAAGUCCUUUGA